UUGGCACCAUGCUGUGGACAGUGAUACUAGCGCUGCUGCUGCUUCUGCUGCUGCAGACUCAGCUGUCUGUGUGCUUAAGGGAAUUACGCAGCGGGGGUUCCAGCUCCCCUGCCUACUCCUCUUCAUCAUCCUCUUCCUCCUCCACUUACAAUGCCACCCGGCAGCGGCUGCCCGGAGUGAUUAUUAUUGGCGUGCGAAAAGGCGGCACCAGAGCCCUGCUGGAGAUGCUCAACCUGCACCCAAAUGUGGAAGUGGCAAAGGCCGAGGUGCACUACUUCAACGUGGAAGAGCACUACCGCCGAGGCCUGGCCUGGUACCAGGCCCAGAUGCCCUUCACCCUCCCUGGACAGCUGACAGUGGAGAAGACCCCUGGCUACUUCGCGGCCCCUCAGGUUCCUGUACGUGUCUGGGACAUGAACCCUGCCGUCCGCCUGUUGCUCAUCGUCCGGGACCCGGCCGAGAGGCUGGUCUCUGACUACACCCAGGUCCUCCACAACCGCCUGACCCGCCACAAGACCUACCAGCCACUAGAUGAGCUCCUGAUCCACAAGGGCCACAUUGACCCUGAGUACAAGGCGCUGCAGAGGAGCCUGUACCACCAGCAUCUGGCCCGCUGGCUGGAGGUCUUCCCCAGGGAGCAGUUCCACGUGGUGGACGGCGAUGCGCUCAUUCGGGAUCCCUUCCCUGAGCUGAGGAAGGCUGAGAGGUUUCUGGACCUGCCGCCCAAGAUAAGCCCCAGCAACUUCUACUACAACACCACCAAGGGCUUCUACUGCCUCCUGUCUGCCGGACACGACAAGUGCCUGGACGAGUCUAAAGGCAGGCCGCAUGCGCCGCUGAGCACCCAGGCCUUUAAGAAGCUUUGUCGCUACUUAAGGAAGCCUAACAAGUUGUUCUUUAAAAUGGUGGGGAGGUCCUUUUCCUGGUGCUGAUCCAGUGGUGAAAAGCAACUGUGAAGAAGACAAAACACCUCCUGCACGAUUCCAACACAUUCAGGGACACAGAAGGAGCAAGAAACUGUGGUUUGUGUGUUUUUGUAGGUAGAUGAGUGGCAAGAUUUUAGUUCAAUUAAAGUCAUAAACAUCUCUUGUUGUUGAUACCUACUCAGGUAUAAAUGUGGCCAACAAAAGAAGCACAUCUGUCUGUGAGAAUAUGUGGGGAAUUCAAACUGCUCGUGUUGAACACGUGGCCAACACAAUCCUUUACCAUGACCGAUACUGGUGCCUCCUUGGAUGGAUAGACUCACUUGACGAAGUUACGACAACCGUGCCAUACACAGGUCUGAAAAGUCAAAACACGUGCUCAUUUGUAGGGUGUUAAAAGAAAAUGUGCAGACUUUGAAGUGAUGUAGAAAUAGACAAGUGGUGAAAAGAUGGUUGAAUGACUGAAUUGUUGCACUAUGAACUCUGAUUGCAUUAAAAAAAGACGUUCAAUGUUCAAUGUAGACAAUUUUUAAACGGAAACUUUCUUGCUUUGAACAGUUGUAACAUUUUUGUGUGUUUGUAAAAGAAUUGAGUUGCGUCAUCUUGAUUACUUCAUUAUUUUGUUAUUUUACAAGGCUGACUUUUAGAUGUUCAGUAAAAAAUAUCUUUUUUUUAGCUUUUUUAAAAGUAGCCAACUUGAAAACUUGUUUUUGGUUUCUCUGU